ACAGGGUAUCCUUUGCAUUUAGGUCCGGGAGCGUCAGAAACCACUGGACGGAGAUCUACUCUUUUGUGGAGAGCCUGGCGGAGAAGUUUAUAAGCCCCAUGCUGCGCAUGUCCUUCAUCGUCUUUUCCUCGCGGGGCACCACGGUCAUGAAGCUGACAGAAGACAGGGAGGCCAUAAGACGGGGACUUGAGAUUCUUCAGUAUGAAGUGCCUGGAGGAGAUACAUUCAUGCAUGAAGGAUUUAAAAGGGCAAAUGAGCAGAUUUACCAUGAGAACUAUGGAGGCCUCCGGACCGCGAGUGUGAUCAUCGCGCUGACGGACGGGGAGCUGCAAGAGGUUCAGUUUUAUUACGCAGAAAAAGAAGCCGACAGAGCCAGGAGCCUUGGCGCGAUUGUGUACUGCGUUGGGGUGAAAGACUUUAAUGAAACUCAGCUGUCGACAAUUGCGGACAGCAUUGAUCACGUUUUCCCGGUGACAGGCGGCUUUUAUGCCCUGAGAGGCACCAUUGAUUCGAUUCUGAAGAAAUCCUGCAUUGAGAUCCUGGCAGCUGAGCCGUCGAGCGUCUGUGCAGGAGAAGCCUUUCAGGUUGUGGUGAGAGGCAACGGCUUUUAUCACGCGAGAAACAUCGAUCAAGUUCUCUGCAGCUUCAAGAUUAAUGACACCAUCACGAUCAACGAAAAGCCGACCAUUGUCCAAGACACCUACUUGCUGUGCCCUGCGCCGGUCAUAGACGACGUUGGACAGGUGGUUUUCCUCCAAGUCAGCAUGAACAGCGGGCUGACGUUCAUCUCCAGCUCGGUCAGCAUCACCAGCACGCAGUGUCUCAGUGGGACGAUCCUUUUCAUCGUGCUCUUAAUUCUGUUCCUGUUGCUGGCCUUGGCGCUGCUCUGGUGGUUCUGGCCUUUGUGCUGCACGGUGGUCAUCAAGGAACCGCCUCCUCCACCACCCCCAGAGCCUGAUUCGGAUGAUGAAGACGGAUUGCCCAAGAAAAAGUGGCCGACCGUGGAUGCAUCUUAUUACGGAGGCAGAGGCGUUGGUGGGAUUAAGCGGAUGGAGGUGAGGUGGGGAGGCAAAGGCUCGACAGAAGAAGGGGCCAAACUCGAGAAGCCCAAAAAUGCCGUCAUCAAAUUGCCGGAGCAGGAGUACGAGCCGUGGGAGCCCAAGCCGAAGAAACCCCAUGCGAGGAAGCCACCGUCGCAGAGGAAGUGGUACGCUCCCAUCAAGGGCAAGCUGGACGCGUUGUGGGCGCUGGUUCGCCGAGGCUACGACCACGUCUCUCUUAUGAGGCCGCAGCCAGGGGAUAAGGGACGCUGCAUGAACUUCACCCGGGUCAAAUCCGACGGAAGCACCGCCCCCUACCGCCCGCCGCCGAAGCAUGAUGACGCCCCGCUCCACAACGCUCCCAGGAGCCCCUCUCCCCCCGUCUCUCCACAGCCUCCUUCCAGGCAGCCGCCGCCUGGACCGCCCCCGUCCCGCGUCCCCCCGGGACCGCCUCCGUCGCGCCCGCCCCCGCAGCCCCUGGCUGAGAGUGCAGGAAAACCAAGAUUGCUCUCUGCGGAGCGUGGCAUAUUUAUUCAGUCUUGGUUUACAGCCGAAAGGGAGCGAAAUUUGUUGCUGGUCAGCAAAAAAAAACCCACAAAAAUUGCGAUUGUCAGUUUUACUGUAUAAAACGUAUUUAUGCCACACGUGCAGAGUAAACAUGCAGUGGGUGAGUCUGCGACUACUGGCUGUAGAACAAAACCAAAAGAAUUGUCUAGACAGACAGACAGACACACACACAGAGAGAGAGAGAGACAGAGAGUUACUGGGAUUUAUCCACGUGUGACGUUUGUAUGACUUUCUAUGUCCCAUCAUAGAUGAAAACCCAAGCCAAAUACACAUGUAUUGGUCAGCUGAACGAUGCCACAUGCAAAUGAGCUGGGGAAAUGUAAUAAAUUGAAGGUCGCUCUUUUCCCCGCCCUCGGUAGCGCACAGCCAUGCAAACAGGGACCAGUGAUUCCCCGGGCGUGUUCAUGGUUUGUUCUGCAAGGGAACUUUCCCUGGCUAACGGUAACAGCAAGGUGAGGCAAUACGUUGUGCAGGUCCAGUGAUUUAGGGUGUAGAAUCUGCCCUGUGGUUUUUUCCCUCUGCCUUCUGAGAUCCACGUUGAAACCAUAAGCUUUGAAUUCAACUAGAUUUGGCCUUUGUUCUUCCUUUUCCUCAGACACCGCUCUUAGGUGUGUUCUGUAAACCUCUGCCUGGGCCAAAUCGUCCCAAAAUUCAGGGGAAUGAGGAAAAAAAGUUUCUAGGUUUUUUGCCUUCUUUAAUUUUCAUUUACCUAAGAAGGUCUCCGGCAUGGAACAGCAGGGUGUGACCCUUAUAUGUGACUGCUACUAUGUGUAAAUAGCACGUUGGGUACAUCAGACAUACAUGGGAAGAGCAGAUAGGGACCGAUCCCACCUCUGGUUCCCAUUUCACUGCUAACAAGACUGAACGAUCGAUUUCUUCUGUGAUUCAGGUGUGAAUACACUCUGUGCCACGGCCCCUCCCCUCCACGUGGAACAUUACCCACCACGUGUAUAAAGCACCCCAGAGUCGGACCUGUCAGAGUGGACUUUUCUUUUGGUUUUUCUUCUUGCCAAACCUAUGAGCCUCGGAUGCUAGCCAGAGGCACACGCACAUGGGUGGGGGAUAUCUGACGUGGGAUUACGGGGAGCCCCGCGAUUGGGGCUUGCUAAACGCUAACGCCUGAAGGGGGUUGGACCCAGCACAUCCCUAGUGAAGCAAAAUAACUCAUGGACUUGCAUUGCUCGCCCCAUCGUGCAUUAUUAUGUAUCGGAAAGGGUGUCUGCAGAGCCACGUGUCGGGGGGGUAGGCCUACAGGGGCGGCCCAUGUUGUGUUGCAGAAUUGUAGGCCUAGAAGGUACCACGAGAGAUCUUCUGACCCAGCCCCCUGCUCUCCUAGCAGGACUACGUGUUACAUCUUGUGGUGGUCUCUCUGUUUGUGUGGGAGAACAGAUACAACCUAGCGCCUCUUGGCCGGAUUAUCCCAAGAGGAAACCCCAGCAGUGCCUUGCCUUCGCGCUCACGUUACGAUCCCCGCCCUGCUGGGGUCAAUGAGGCAUGGGUUCGUUCGUCCCAAAGGAAAUGCCCAGUUGCAGAACACAAUAACUAACUUGUUGUUCUUCGCUGGUCGGUCUGUGUUGUGUGUACAGACCGGGGGAGCUGCACCUGUUGACAGCAGCAGAGAUCUGGUCCUGUUGCCUGCUCCUGAUUUAGAUCUGCAUCUGCAAAGCGUUUGAGAAUAUGGUUAACGUUGAACUCACGGUUACAUCCAAAGGGAAAAGGCUUGGGGGAGGGGAGAACCCUGCAUUGUUCUAUCUGGAAUGCUGCCCCUCUGUAGGAAGUGUUUGCUGGGAGAGCGGUACGCCCACCAAUGGACAGCUCGCCUGCAGCCAGUGUAGCAUCCAAUUAGUCGCUCGCUGUUCGCUUGCUCUGCUUUGAGCUGAAAGGCAACGCGAAUGUGCCUUGUUCUCCAUUUCAGUCGCUGCCACACGGAAAGUGGAUCACACUCCCAUUUUAAUGAGGUCCCCAGGUCUGGCGUUCGACUUGCUGGCCCUGGUUACAAUCCGUCCCCCGCCUGGGGUGUUGGGCCUCUGUCAGGCUCAGGCUUUGAUCCCUUCUGGGGUCACACAGGUUGUUGUUGUUGUUGUCAGAAGGGGGUUGUGGUACAAUGACGUUUAAUAGCCACUGGACUACAGCAUUGAGCGGGAGCUGGAAAGUGAAAUUGACAAGAAGCUAGCGUGAAACUGACCAGGGUAUUUUCAUUGUUCCAAAGGCAGGCAACACUAAAUGUAAAGUGGGUGCAAAAAGGUCAUCUGAGGCUUGUACAGAUCUUUUCCAUUGUAAUUAUUUCAGGGGUUACAAUGCUGCGAGGGAAGCACUUUUGUAAGUCUCUUGGGUGAGAUCCUUGGCUGAUUAAAAUUGGCGUUGCUCCAUCUGACUUCCACAGAGGACCUGGCCCAGGACGGUUCCUUUCACUGGCCUGCCAUUUGAAUAGGCUGUUGUUGGUUUGGCCUGUACAUUGGGCCGAUUGUGAUUACAAGCACUGUAAAGAAGUGUUUCAAAGGACUGAUUCGUCAGGACCUUGGAGCCUUGGUUCUGAUUAUUGCCUGUGUCCUGUGUGUGUCUGAUGCUUCCCCUGAUUGAGUGGAGUAUCUGGCACACACCUAACACUGGUGUAAACAUUAGUGCAAAGCAGUGGUGAAUCAAGCCCCAAGCGAUGAAGAUUCAUCUAAAACCACUGCGCGUUAGCCUGUUAACAGCUGUGUACCACCCUCUUUAUGCAUCAAGAUCAAUAUCCGAGUGGGUCAAACAGUCCUAAAUGUACAAAGGUCGGUUCCUCUUAUCAGUGAGUGAGCUCGGUGAUGGAUUGAUUUGUGAACUCCACCAGUUCCGAUGCACAUGCACCAUUUCUAAGCCUUUAUAGUCAUGUCACGGUUUUUGUCAAUGCGAUCAGUACUAUCCUUUGACUUUUCCCUUUAAACAAAGCAUUUCAUGGAGGAGAAAGCCCUGCUUCUGUACAUAUCGAGAGUUUCAUGCAGAGGAGACCGCACACUUCUGGACUUUACUGCUGGACAGUUAGAGUAAUUUAUUAAAAGGGGUCUUAAGGUGGCCCUGGAUGCUCUACAGGUCGGUGUGAUAAUACGGUAUGGUAUUCUCAAAUUGUUCUCUGUCGUUUGGGAACCGGGAAUUAUUGGGUACUGCCUCGUAUGUUUAGACAUUGUUAUUGAUCUGCUGCUUUUGAGUAAUGCAAAAUGUAGUGUAAUUAGGAAAACCAGGGGAUUUCUAAUGUUUGUCAGUGCUUGAACAGAUAGGUAGAUAAUCAAUUCAUGUUUUGGGGAAGAGAGAAAUUGCUUGGUUAUAAGGGAAACCAAUGUACUGUACCAAUAUUUUCUCGAAAGGUGUAUGCUCUCAGACAUAGCAAGGACGUGGGCUGAUGCAACUGUCGUGAAAUGUUGGGGUGGAGACAGAGGAAGUGGACAGAAUGUGUUGGAUUUCUAAUUUCUAACAUUUAAGGGGGCUCUCCAAGCGGGCUGUGGCCGGUACAUGCGGUACAAUGUUCUGUAACUGACGUGCUGCUUCCAUGUUAUACCUGUAUAACCUUCAUGCCUUUGUGCGCCUGCUCCAUUUCUCGGAAAACUCCCGCGCCAUGCAAAUGUGGGAAAUGGAGCCAAAGUCUCAUAAUCCAACGUAAUGUAGCCUUAAUGGAUUUAAAAUCAGCAAUAAAAGUGCUUAAUGGUGA